ACUAAAGCUGCCCUUCAUUUCAAACUCUGCAUCUCUCUCUACAUACAACUAGCUCACUAGAAUUCUUUAAUGGCUUUUGUUGUCGUAACUUCUCUACUGGAAAUAGUGGAUCAACACCUUUCGCAUCCCAACCCAUCUUUGAACAAUAUUCUUGAUGAUGAUGAUACACAACUAGUCUUCUUGUUAUCCAAGAAGCUCCGCAUUCUUCAACACUUUCUUGAAACACAGACUGUUAAUCAAAGUCUGGAUGCAGAAAUCAGAGAUGUAGCUGCUAAAGCAGAAGCUGAAAUCGAAUCAAAACUCAGAGACCUUUAUUUGGCUUCUACCAACCAAGAUGAAGCUUGUUGUGGGCUUCACCAGACCUUGCAGCAAGUACUAAAGGAUGUUGAGGCACUUGAAGUCCGGAUCCAGAUUGAGAAGGAAAGCAGAUCUGCCAAAGAUCAGUCACAGUCAUCUCCAGAAGCUUUGAAGUUAGAAAACAAACUGCCUGCCGGCGGUUCCACUUCCACCCAUCAUCAUGAUUUAGAGCCUGAGAAUCAAAUGGUGGGAUGUGACGAUGAGUUUCGGAAAAUAAAGAACAUGAUCAUUGGUCAACAGUCUUCUGAGCAACUAGAAGUCAUCCCAGUUACAGGUAUGGGAGGCAUCGGUAAGACUACGCUAGCAAAAAAGGUCUACGACGAUCCCGAUAUUAUGUCAAAGUUUUACAUUCGGGCAUGGGCAGUUGUGUCUCAAGAACCUGAUGUGAAACGGAUACUCAUUAGCCUUUUGGCUUGCAUUGUACCAACCACCAAUGAACUUUACAGCAAAGAACGUGAUCAGCUAGCAGACCAGUUGCGCAAACAAUUGUUGGGUCAAAGGUAUUUGAUUGUGAUAGAUGACAUAUGGAGCAGUUCGGCCUGGGAUGCAAUCAAACAAUGUUUUCCAGACAAUUUCAGCAGAAGCCGAAUCCUGAUGACCACUCCGGAGAAAGAGGUGGCCGAAUAUGCUAGCUCAAGAAAGUCUAUUCAUACCAAGUGUUUUCUAAACUCAAAGGAAAGUUGGCAUUUAUUUGUCACAAAGGUAUUUGAAGGGAAAGAUGUUCCCAUCCCUGAAUUAAAGACUAUAGGGAGAUCUAUUGUUAUGAAAUGCCAUGGAUUGCCACUGGCCAUUGUUGUGAUGGCUGGACUUCUACGUGCACUCGACAAAUCAGUAGAAGCAUGGGAUGGUGUUGAUAAGAAUAUGAAUUCAUUGGAUGAAAUAGAUCCUAAUAACCAAUGUUUAGGACUACUUUCUUUGAGUUACAACUAUUUGCCUAGUCACUUGAAGGCUUGUUUCCUUUAUUUCGGUGUUUUUCCAGAAGAUAGGGACAUUCUUGCGACCAAAUUGAUCAACUUGUGGGUUGCGGAGGGAUUUUUAAAGAAGGAGAAAGAGAUGAGUAAGAGUUUGGAAGAAGUGGCAGAGAGUUACUUACACAAUCUUGUCAAUCGGAAUCUAGUGCAAGUCAGCCAGCAAAGUUUUGAUGGCAAAAUCAAGUCAUGUAAGCUUCAUGAUAUGUUGCAUGAGAUAUCUGUGAAUGAAGCUAGAAGGGGAAAACUUCUGGGUGUAAGAAAACAAUUCCAAUCCGCAGAUAGUUGUCGUUGGAUUAGUUGUAAAUCAACUAGUUGGCCUACUUCUGAUGGAAUUCAUUCUAUUCUCUACUUUGGUGAAGAUGUGUACCUCUCGAAGCGCAACUUGGUAUUCUCAUGUAUGAUGUUGCUGAGAGUGUUGGACUUAUCAUUAAUAAAAUGUUGGCAUGGCGCGCCUAGUGAAAUUGUGGAGUUAGUUCAUCUGAGAUACUUGGCUUUGACAACUGUGGGCUCUCUCGACAAAUUUCAACUGUUUAAGCUACAAAAUUUGCAGACUCUAAUUAUUUGUUCUUGGAGGGAAGAAUGUUGUUUGCAAUUGCCCCGGGAUAUUUUGAAUUUGCCACGGUUAAGGCAUGCACACCUUGACAAGAGAGCAACGGCAUACCUCCCAAAUGUAAUUCAGGAAAGCAUACAAACUCUGUUUUGGUUGAAAGUUAAUGGCCGGGUCCCAAGAACAACGGAUUUUGCAAUGGUCCCAAACUUGAAGGAACUAGGGGUUUACAUUGACAAUGAUUUGCCACCAGGUGCUUUUGACAGUCUUGUUCAGUUGCGUUUGCUUGAGAGAUUGAAAUUUGAAAGGAGAAAUGUGAAGGGCUUUUAUCUUCCCACCGAUCUUCCUCAGAACCUUAAGAAGUUGACACUUUGUAAUACUUAUCUUUUGUGGGAGGACAUGGACAUUAUUGGAAGGUUACCAAUGCUCGAGGUGCUCAAACUGAAAGAGUUUGCCUUCUCUGGUCCAACGUGGAAACCAGCAGAUGAUGGUGGGUUUAAGACAUUAAAGCUCUUACUUAUUGCACGCUCAGAUCUUAAAUACUGGAAUACAACUGAUGAUCAUUUCAAGGUCUUGGAACGCUUAAUCCUAAGAUUUUGCUUGGAGUUGGAAGAACUUCCAAGUGAAUUUGAAAGUUCAAAUACACUACAACUUAUUGAGUUAGAAAAUUGUUAUCCUAUUUUGGUGGAAUCUGCAAGGAAGAUUCAAGAAGAGCAACAGAACUAUGGUAACUACGAACUUGUUAUUCGUGAUCUUGGAGCUAAGAUUAAAUUGUCAACUAAGGAAAGCUCUGAAGGAAAUGAAAGUGAAUGAGGAGUUUGAUGAUAUAUGUUGCGGGCGUUCGAGGAAAACUGGUUAAAGCCGAGGAGGUAUGCAUGUGAGCCUAAAACCAAAGGAAAUUUGUCAAAUAUAAUGAUUAAUUCAAACAUUGCUUUUGAUAAGUGAGUUAAGAUUGUUGUGUCGUUGGGCUGUCAAAUUCAAA